GGUUAAGCUCAAGUCCAGUUUUCUUAUCCUCACCUGUGUUAGUCGCAAGCAGCGUCGUCGGUACAACAAGCGUUCACCUGACAGAGUCAAGUCGAACUUAGCUCAUAUUCCGCUUCAAUACAGUCAGUACCUUUAUUAAUACCGCAUAUACCUAGGUAAUACUAUUCGUUAAAAGUUGUGCUGUUCUUGUAGUCGCGACUUUAUCAAGCGUGCCUAACGAAGCUCGGCAACCAGUUCGAACCGGCUUGCUACGUACGACGACGAGAAGUUGUCGCUGUGGCGGCCAGGACGUGUCCAUCUCUUUUGCGUUUAUAUCAGUUGUACGUACGAUAAACUACAACAGAACAUUACCAUACAGGCAAGGAAGAGUUGAGUUGGGUGAGCAGAGCCAACCGGGACGAUACUUUGUUUUGUUAUUGGCAAAACACGUUUCGCAUUUGAUUACUCGCGCGGAUUUCGAAACCGAUUCGGAAACUGGGACCGAAAUUUUUCAGUCCGGACCUAGAGUUCGCGUUCGAUAGUGCGGUAACUCGGUGUGUCGGACAAUUUCCAAAGCGAUUUUUCCACAAGGCAACGUACACACCACCGAGGGGUGGCGGAUAAUUUUUCUAACUUAGGCUCCCCCUGAAGAACCACAGCAACUUUCUAACGCCGAAACGGCGAUCUACUUUACAGAUACAUUUAUAUUGACGAGGGCAUCUGCGGCCGUGAGAUGACCGCGCCCCUCGACCAGAGCACGACCACCAACGGAGGCGGCGGCAAUCAGCACAAUGGGUCCGCGUCCGACAACAAGAAAAUUUACACCCUUUCGGUCAGCGGUGGCUACGAUAAUGAAGGGUUCAAACCAGACCAAGAUGGUUUGGCGGCGAUCAAAAAGCAUCGCGAGCUCACAGACGAAGAGGCAUCUUCGCAGGGCAAAUUCAAAAUGGCGCGUAAAGAAAAAUGGCGCAUAUUAAAGAACGUCGCGCUUAUAUCGGGCUCCUUCAUGAUCCAAUUCACUGCCUUUCAAGGAAUUGCCAAUUUACAAAGUAGCAUUAACGCCAAAGACGGCCUCGGAACCGUGUCUCUCAGCGCCAUCUAUGCAGCGCUUGUGGUCAGUUGUAUUUUCGUGCCCACUUAUCUUAUCAAGAGACUGACCGUUAAAUGGACAUUAUGUCUUUCGUUACUAUGUUACCUACCGUAUUUCGUGGCGCAGUUCCAUCCACGAUUUUACACCCUGGUACCUGCUGGUAUUCUCGUUGGUAUUGGAGCGGCGCCCAUGUGGGCAUCCAAGGCCACCUAUUUAACUCAAGUUGCUGGAGUUUAUGCGAAAUUGACCGAUCAGCUGGUUGACGGCAUUAUCGUAAGAUUCUUUGGCUUCUUCUUCCUUGCAUGGCAGACUGCGGAACUUUGGGGAAAUCUUAUCUCAUCGUUAGUUUUGAGUAAUCCGCACGGCGGCGGAGGAUCAUCUUCGAAUUCGAACGUGAGCACCUACGAAUUGUGCGGUGCGAACUUUUGCUCCAUCAGCAACAACCAAAACCUGGAACGGCCAGAUGAUGAGGAAAUUUUCGAAAUUUCGGGAAUUUACAUCGCCUGUAUCGUCUGCGCAGUCGUCAUCAUUGCAACUUUUGUGGAUCCCUUGACCAGAUAUGGUGAGAAACAACGUAGGGGAAGUGGUCAAACCGAGUUGACAGGCAUCCAACUUCUAUCGGCUACAGCGUACCAAUUGAAGAAACCUUACCAGCAACUGCUGAUACCCAUUACAAUAUGGAUUGGCAUGGAGCAGGCUUUCAUUGGUGCCGAUUUCACCCAAGCAUACAUAUCAUGCGCCUUGGGCAUAUCAUCCGUGGGUUAUGUCAUGAUAUGUUUCGGUGUUGUGAACGCCAUUUGCAGUUUACUUUUUGGUUCCGUGAUGAAAUAUAUUGGACGACAGCCCAUCAUUGCUUUGGGAGCGCUAGUACACACGGGUGUUUCCAUAUGGUUACUUUUGUGGCGACCUCAUCCCAGUAACCCGAUCCUUUUCUUCAUGGCCGCAGGACUUUGGGGCGUGGGAGAUGCUGUCUGGCAAACCCAAAUUAAUGGAUUGUACGGGACCCUAUUUAGACGUAACAAGGAAGCUGCAUUCUCCAAUUAUCGACUGUGGGAGAGCUCUGGCUUUGUGAUAGUUUAUGCCUACUCGACUCACUUGUGCGCACGCAUGAAAAUUUUCGUGAUGAUCUGCAUACUAGAAAUUGGUGUUAUCCUGUAUAUAGUCGUUGAAAUCCUCCAUUAUAGAAAGAUCAGGAGGCAGAAGGAAAAGGAAAGAAAAGCCGCAGAAGCAGAAGCGAAGAAGCAGCCACCUCCAGUAACUGAACCCGAAGAAACGGACGACGAAAAAGACGAUAUAGAUGACGAAAUCAUUGUAACGCAUUUGUAAAAAAGAACCAAAAGAUAUUUAUUAUUCUAUGUGCCUUUUAACUGAUGUUGAAGAAGAGGAUUUGACGUUAAG